AUAUAUAUAUAUAUAUAUAUAUAUUCUCUACAACAGUCAAAAACAUUGGUGUUGUCCGGUGUAAAGUGUGGCAAUGCCAUUUUAACUUGCCAUCCUCUGAAUGAUUUGUGUAUCUUUUUACAAGAAAGUGGUAUUUGUAGCAUUUUAAACAUUUUCAGAACCAUACGGUAGGAGUAUUACUAGGUUUACUAAUGUGAAACUGUAACUGUGGUUACUCAUUGUGUAACAAGGUACGAGUGUUUCAAAGUAGGUGUUAGACUUUUUUUCCCCACCUCUCGUUGUCCUCACAAAUAUUACGACUUAAUUAUCUCCUGUUAGCUUCCGUGGUCUCUAGCGGAGACGUAGUCCAACACUGCGAGCCGUUGACCCACAUCAAACGGACUUUAAAGCACCAGUAUCCUUUGACACAAUUUUGUAACUUUGAUGUGAAAUUACAGUAAGUACUCUGCCUAAACAAGAACAUCCAGAUAUGAGCUCCUCACAGAAAAUUCUCCUUGACAGAAGAGAUUUGCACUAAUUCACUAUUUUGUCAUACAGAACCUCUGAGACAGGGGAGAAACUGUAGAUUUUAGCAAUAGCAAGCGAGAACGGGUCUGAAGAUGCCGUGUCUGCCGAUGGGAGGGUUUUAGCUGAAGACACUACCAGAUGAGAUGCCAGUGUGUGUUCCAGCCCGUCCCUCUGCGGGCUGAAUGUGUGGGUGUGGUUGGAUUUGUCAGUUGUGAAUGAAAGACUGAAUUUACGUUGUGUUAUUGUCAGUGGCACUUUAUCAUUGAUCCCAAAGGGUGUCACAAAAAUGUAAUUAUUUUCCUAUGAUGACAGUUUUGCAACCAAUAUGAUGGGCCCGCGAGAUAACAGUAAGUCUAAAAGGUGCCUUCUUUGUUCGCAUAUACUGUAUAUUGCAAGCGGAUUUUCAUGCCCCUGGAGAAAGUGGAACUCCUACCUUUUUUUUUUUUUUAAACGGAAAGAUAUCAAGUUUCUCUGGCCACGUAGUGUAAGCUAACUGUCCAGUUCUCUGUCAUAUUAAUGGCUACCAUGAAACAUUUCCAGCGUUGAUGUAAUGCAGUGUGUUGUUCCCAUUCCCAUCUCAUUUUCUAGUUAAUGCACAUCUCUCUGCUUAUAUCUUCUCUGCAUUAACAGAAGAAAAAACAUGUCGCAGUACCACACAAAUUCAGAAUAUGAAGUUUUGUGAAUGGGUGCUUUUGUCUUCCAAUGUUUCUUUAGGUGCAUUUGCAUGAGUUGUUUCAUCUUCAUUAUCAACAUUUUCAACAAUGCAGAACAAUGUGUGCUUAUUGUAUGGUUGUAUUUCUCUUUUAUAAAUGAAUGUAAAUGCAUGGUGCCUCUGUGUUUUUAUUUUUAAACACUUACAAUACUGCUCUGCUUAUGGAGUUAUGAAGAGGCAGUUGCGAUUCAGGAGAUUGAGAGGGACAUUUAUUGACAGGUCUUUUAAUACAUAAACAAUAUUUGUCAACAUCAGUAGCUGUUUAAAAACAUGAAUAAAGUAGGAACUUAUAUGGGAUGACUUUGUUUCUAUACAUAGACUUUAAGGCCAUUUUCACACUGAGGCUAUGUCUUUUUUUGGUGAUGAAAGUUUACACUCGAAACUUAGUAUUUGACUUGAGUCUAACAAAGUAAUACAAGUAAGAAAAAUACAGAAAUUUAAAGGCAAUUUUACAGACUUGUAAAUAUAAGAUUGGUUUUAUUUUUUAUUUCAAACUAUUGCCCUGUUGCCCCUAUUUGCUUACAUUUUGAGCACAGACUGGGCCUUUAACAGCUCCUGCUUAAUUGAAUAUUAUUCAGAGUUAAAGUAAACCCUUGUCCCCUAAAUCUCCACUGAAGCUCUAUGUGAGAUGCGGUUGAAAGCUCCGGAAAACGUAAGUAAACAUUGAGUUUAAACUUUUGCGGUCAAGGGCUAAAAAGCAUUUAAAAACGCUUUAUGCCUUUACCGAUGGUAAAACAGUUUUGACCCUUAAGACUUGCCGUAGUAGUCAAAGCCAGGCAGCGUCAUUGCGUCCUGUCAACUCGAAACUUUUGACGCGACAAACUUUUCAGCGGAAAUGUAUUUCCCUAUCCUGGCAGCUGGUUUCAGGGCGCUUCAAAGUUAAGACCCAUUAAACUCGCAUCGGGCAUCAGAUGAAAAGGAAUACAAACAACGUGAAUCAUCAACAUGUAACUAUUUCGGAGUGAAAAUGAACCGCUAGUAGCUAACGGUGCUUAAGCUAGCCACACGUUCAACAGGUUCGCUAGCUAGUUAACGAGCCGGAUUUAAAACGCCAUAACGGAGAAUAAAUCGACUGCAACUCGUUUAAACUUCCUAUUUCGGGACUUUGGAUAGUCAGUCGUUCUUGUCAAGAUGUGUGGUUUUCUACGGUACUGUGUCAGCCACUCUCUCCGUGCAGCGAUGGCCCGACUCAAUGAUGUCAACGUAGAGGAGGGGAGCCUGCGGCCGUCUGUUCGGUGGCUCGGCUACCUGUCCAGGCACAUCCUUGUGGUCGCCCUGUUGUUGGGGCUCUAUGCCCGGUGGGAGAAGACCGCGGAGACCACUCUUCUUGUCAUUUUCGUUUUGGCUCUACUCGCCCUCGGAAUAGCGAGUGUACUGUACUGCUACCUCCGCGUGGAGAGGCUCAGCCUCGGUCUCCUCCACCUGUGGUUCGGUUUCUUGCUGGGAUCGCAGUGUUUCCUCAGCAGCCCGGCUCUGCAGAGCGACGUGAAGGCGCAGGCGGCCGACUACCUGCUGCUGGCCAGCGUGUGUUUGAGGACGCUGCGGGCGCUGCUGGAGAGACUGUUCGGAUGCACCACGUACCGUCCCGCCUUCCUCACCUCAGCGGAGCGGCUGGAGAUGGUCGGCUUCGCCGCUGCCAGCACCACGUUGCUCAUCCGGGACUCCGUGAGCGUGACGGUGCUGGUGGCGGCGCUGGCCGCGGUCAUGGUGGCCCUCCGGGUGAAGGCUUUCCUGGCUCUUCCCAACUUGGUCUGCUUCGUCGCCGUCGCCGCCGCGCUGUUCUUCGAGUCUCUGAACAUCUCCACCAACCCUUUCGCCCUCGCCUGCUUCUUCAGCCAGCUCAUCUGCGACCCUCUGCUGGAUGUCUUCUUAAGUGGUCUCUCUGUGACCGAGCGGUGGCAGCCUUUCCUGGCGUGUCGGGGCCUGUGGCGCCGGCUGUCCCUCCUCCCUCUGACGGUGGUGGAGGUGAUCUUCAUCAUUCUUGCCGCUCAGAAGCUGAGAGACAUGGACCGGUGGUACUUGACGAUCCCGGGCUUUGUGUUCUUUGGGCUCUUCUGGGCCUUCUGCCACAUGGUGUUGGUCAUCCUGGUGUGGGGCUUUCACACCAAGCUCAGUGAAUGCCAGAGGCUGUGCUUAACCCAGGGGUCAGGGGUCGGCGGCCUGAACAAGAGUAUGGCCUCAAAGGGCAUGAGGCAUGUCUGCCUCAUCUCUCAGCACCUGGUGGUGUGGUCGCUGGUGUCAACUGUUGCUGUUGCCGCACUUUGUUGGCAGGCCUCCAGCAGUGUCUUUCUGAGCGUCUUCCUGCUCGUCCUGCCUCUGGAGUCUCUGUUUCACGGGCUGUUCCACGAGCUCGGGAACAGCCUAGGAGGAACCUGUGUGGGCUACGCAUUGGUCAUCCCCACCAACUUCUGCAGUCUUGACGGCCAGCCCAUGCUGCUGCCUCCAAGCCAGGUUCAGGAGCUGAACAAGCGCUCGACGGGCAUGUUGAACAACAUUCAGCGCUUCUUUGCCCACCACUUCAUCGAGAUUUUUGGCUGCGACUAUUUCACCUGCGGGGUGACCCGGGAGGCGAUGCAGGCAAAGAUCAAAGCCUUCUUUGAGCUUCGCACGGCAGACGGACCUCGCCACGACACCUACGUGAUCUUCUACAGCGGCCACAGUCACCACUCCGGAGAGUGGGUCCUCGCAGGAGGACACACUCUUCGCCUGGAUCAGAUCCUUGAGUGGUGGAGGGAGAGCAACGGCAGCUUCUGCUCUCGCCUCAUCUUUGUGCUCGACUGUAACCGCUCUUUGCCGUGGGUGGACGCGGUGAAGAAGGUGGAGGGUCUGUACGUCGCCGUGCAGGGAGCGACGCUCACUCUGGUGACCGAUGGCGAGCAUCAGGAUGCGCCGCAGCUCGGAGACUUCACCUCUCAGUGGGUGGAGUUUAACUGCAACUCAAACAGCAACGUCCAGUGGUCGGAGACGGGCAGGACGGUUUUAGCCACCUACGGUAUCUCCAAAUACUGGAGCGACUACACGCUGCACCUACCGACAGGAAGCGACCGUACCAACUACUGGAGCAUGUACUUCCCUCGGAUGACCUACCCAGUGGUACACUCUUUGGCUAGCGUGUGGCAGUCCGAUGAGCCGUGGCUCUGCACUAUCUGGCUGCGAUAUCUUAAGAGAGUCAAACUAAACUUGUUUCCACCAGCGAUCCUGGACACUGGCCAAGGCUUCAAACUGGUCCGCUCAUAGAAAUAUGAUGAAGUUAUCUUUCAAAAGUCAACUUUCUUGGACCUUGAAAAUAGGCAGUUUUUAUGAUUGUUAAUGCACGCUAACCAUCACUUAAUUACUGAUUAGUCGGUUUGGAAUUUGUCUACUUUAGUGCCAGUUUUUAUAUUCUGCAAACUUUUCUAUAAAUGUGUGUUUUGAGCUGUGAUUUAGAGAUGUUAACAUCCCUCAAGGUGUGGGAUGAGCCUGAGCAAGUUGACUCAAUUUUGCACAUUUUUACUGUUAGAUUUGAUUCCACCUUGUUUUGAAGAACAGUCGUGCCUUUUACUCUAAAAUCACCAAAUAAUAUCCAGCUGGCCAGGCUGAUUAUAUUUAUUUUUUUACCUUUUAACCAAAGUGGCAGUGGUACAUUUUCAGAGGAAGAUCUCAGGCAUAAAUCAGAUAAACAACAUGUAAGCCGUCGAGAGGUCAAAAUGUUGUCGCUCUUGUAUUUUGACUGUGACAUGAUUCCCGUUACACACCGCUGCACCACACUAUGCAUUCUCAUGUCCAGGCUUCGAGUAUAUUCACUGCACCGCUUUGCGUCUGUUGUAACAGCAUGUUGCAAUGCUUUUAGGAGUUCUUUACUUAAAUGCUCUCCAGCUGCUUCAGGGAGUCCAGAGAGUUUAAACGGUGCUGAUGAUUGCACUACACGCAGCUUUGUGUGAACUAUUUAUGGAGUUAAGUGCAUCUCAUGACGGGAUCACUUUUCUUCCUGCGUGGGGGUUAAUCACAGUUUACCGGGCUAUGCAAGAUUAUUCAGGUUGAAGAUGUUUGGAACUAUGCAAUAAAGGAGAAGUGGGACUUCGCUGCUCGUCAUCAUGAAUUUAAUGGACUCCUUGUUGAAUACAUUCUCCAAUAAACUAAAUCAAAACUGGUUAUUUCAUGUUUUGGGGACUAGGACUAAUCUUCCAUACAUAAAACAAUAUCUGUCAUUUGGCACCAAUUAUAGGGAACAUAGACAAAUGUACUUUUUUUAUUUUUAUUAAACAUAUUUCCUUUAAAGAACUGCUCCUUUUAAACCAAAGUAAGUAUUUAAUCAUCAUACAUGUUGACUUGCGUGUAGAAACAUUUUGAAUUUCAGUUUAACUGAACAAACGCCAAAUUAUACAGUCGUGUCACAAUAAGUUUCCUUUGGAAUUGAACUGUGAAAUCGAUUUACCAACCCCAAAAUGAACCAAAGCACUUUAUGUUCCUCAUUCAAUGCAUUCAAUGCACACAAUCAAAAUUGAGUCAAUGCACACAAUCACCAUUGAAGACAUCCCACUCAUUGGGAAUGGUGUGGGAUUUAGUGUCUUGGUUAAAGCCACUAACACGCAGACUGGUGAUUGAACCACCAACCCUUUGAUCAAUGGGAAACCUGCUCAAUGGAAAGAACUGUAGCUGCUGAAAGAAUGAACGUUUUGUACUAUUGCAAAGACAAGACGGCUCCAAAAUAUAUUAACGUAAAUCAGCCACAGUAAGCUUGAUUAUAGUGCUGUUGGUAUAGUAUAAGUGGAGUGCAUGGUUCUGGGUUUUCAUGACGAUCAUCUGCUUGUCCACCCAGUUUGCUUUGUCAGUGAAAUAUUUGUCUGCAUGGUGACAGAAAAUGUACACCAACACACACCAAAAAUGUCGCUUCAUUUUAUCCUAUAAGUCACUUGUCAAAUUGUCUAAUGAAUGAAUGCUUUAGUUACGACCAAAAAUGUCUCCUGUGUGGUCAGUGACAUCCAACUUGACGUUUGUGCCAAAUUUGAAGAGGCAUGAAAAAAACAUUGUAUCGUAUGCCAUAGACAGUGUCAUAGUAUUGUCCUGUUUGAUGUGUGUGGCUGCUUUCUCUGCAGGUACUGGAGGUGAGAGUGGAAGAGGGUCAUCACCACAUGAGGGUUGAAAAGCUUAGUUGCUGUCUCUCUCCUCCCUGAGACAGCCUUUUGGUUUUGGGAUGUUUUUGUCUUGUUGCUGCACCUUACAACUUUGCACUAACACUCAUGCGUGUCGCUGUUAGUUUAAAUAAAAUAUUUUGUUAAUUGGC